CUAAAUCGACGCAGACCGCAAAGACAGUUGCGUGUGAGCAAAUAUGUCUUAUUAUUUAUGCCACGAACUGAUAAACAUAGAUGCGACGCUCAGAAAGACGAUAAAACUUGGUGACACGCUUUCUUCUAUUUAUUAAAUUCAAUAUUUUGUAGUUGUAUUAAUAAGUUAAGUGGAAUAUUUUCAGACUUUGCUGACAACACACAAUAUAAGAUAUUAUAUAUAGUCUGAACACAUUAGUGUGCCGCCAACAGUCAGUGCACGACUAAAUUUGUUUAAUGCGACGAGCAAAACAGAGCGUAGCGAGCACACAAUUUGAGAGCGUCAGAGGUGGCUACUUGAAACAUUUGGACAUAAUUAGAUUGGGUUAAUGAUUAUUAAAUAUUACGUUUGUGUGUGAAGUGUUCGGUGUAUAGUUGUGUAUGAAAAAAUUAAAUGUGUUGAGUAAUUACGAUUCUUGACGAAUGUGUGUGUUCUUUAAUAUUUGCUCUCACAACGUUCAUUAGAUAUCACUAAGUAGCGGCGGUGAUAUGUUUGUUUGCCUGUUACCGGUUUUGCGACACUCCAAAGAACUGAUCGGUAAAGCAAGUGGUUAAGGUGACAAUGCGGUUCUACGUUUUUAACAAAUUCGCAGCUAAACUAAACUUUCUAUUUCCUUGGGGAUUGGGUUACCACACCAAUAUAUAAGUAACACUAAUUCUGUUUUUCUUAGGAUUUACUUAUUGGUGUCACGCACCAACGCUUUUAUUCAAAGGCAUAACGACAAACACCGAUUUAAAUGGAAGCUUCUUUAAGCUAGUUGAGCUGAAUGAGUGAACGCUGAGUAUAAAGUGAGCAUGCUUAUUGAGCUCUCUCAUAUAAAGUCCGUCAAAUAAAGUACUCGACAUUUGUAAUGCUUCUCGUUCGAAUAUGGUCAGUUUCUCCAGUUUCAAAACAAACAUACACCUCAAGCUUUGACUGGCGAUAGCUACUCGCUUGCUCGGGUCACUCUUGUUUAAAUCAGUGUACUAGCGCGCGCAGAACGGAUAACACUUAUUGUGAUAAGCUCUUUCUUUUCGUUCAAUUCUAAAUACGAGACGCUUAUAAAUGAAAUUAUAUACGAGCAUUUUCAGUGUCGUAGCGCACUGCAGAAAAGUAAAUGUGAACUGUAAUCUCACGAAAUUAGCAGCUUAUCAAAUACAAGUAGAUAAGCGAAGCUACUCGGAUUUAGCUUAUUUUCACCAAACAGGCAAGGAGCCUCUGCAGUACAGCACACUGGGAGAGCUGAUACAGAAAGCCGCUGCGAAGUAUGGAGAUCGACCUGCGCUCAUUUCGUGCUAUGAAAACAAGCGUUACACCUUUGCAGAGGUCAAAUAUGAAGCCGAAAAGCUGGCGGUAAAACUUCAAGAACUCGGCGUGCAACGCCAGGAUGUUGUGGGCCUUUGGAUCACAAACAGCACGCAAUGGUACAUUAGUUACUUGGCUGCACAGCUGGGCGGUUAUGUAACUGCUUGUAUAAAUCCAGCGCUGCAGGCACAGGAACUCAGCUAUGCGCUGAAGAAGGGCAAAGUUCAUACGCUAAUAACAACGGAAAAAUGCGGCAAGCAGCAUUUUUACAAGAUUUUGAAAGAUUUAUUUCCAACUGCAAGUGCAGCUGGAUCUCGCACGAUUGAAAAUACGCAAUUUCCGCAUUUACGGCACGUUGUCAUAGCUGGCGAGUCCUCAUUGGGAGAGUUCACAAAUUGGGCUGAAUUGCUUAGUCAAUCGUCUUCAACGGAAGCUAAACUUAUAGAUGAGUUAAAUGAAAAUGUCAAAAAUAUUAAGCCGGAAAGCGCAAGCAAUAUACAAUUUACUUCAGGCACCACUGGUCUACCUAAGUUAGCGGUACUAAGUAACUUCAGUUUUCUUAAUCAAGGAUAUUAUUUCGGUAAGGCGCUCAAGAUGCAUAAGGAGCACAAGUAUAUAUGCAUGACAUUACCUAUGUUCCAUGUUUUCGGUUUGAGUGUGUUGAACGCUGCCGUAAGUCAUGGCGCUACAUUAGUGCUACCCAGUGCAACGUUCGAUAGUGUGGCGGCAUUGGCAAGUGUCGCUAACGAAGGUUGCAACAUCAUAUUGGGCACGCCAACGAUGUAUGUGGGUAUGCUGGAACAGCAGAAGGUUUUGAAAAACCCAAUUCAUACAUUAGAGUUGGGCGUUGUGGGUGGUGCGGCUUGUUCGCCCGAGAUCUAUUCACAAACAAAAAAGCUAUUCAAUUUGAAUGAAUUCUUGAUUGGAUAUGGAAUGUCGGAAGGAUGUGCAGCAUUCUUUAUACAAGACGGCACAGAGAGCAAGAAGGAAGCAUGUCAAACGGUUGGACGCUUGUACGAACACCUUGAGGCAAAAGUGAUCAAUGAUAAAGGGGAGGUGGUGAAAUUCGGUGAGUUGGGGGAAUUGUGCAUUCGUGGUUAUUUGGUUAUGACGGAAUAUCAAAACGAUGAGGAUAAAACGAAGGAGACGCUAGAUAAACAUGGCUGGCUCAAGACUGGUGACAAAUUCAUACUACAAUCCGAUGGUGUCGGGCGUAUUGCCGGUCGUAAAAAAGAUAUGAUUAUUCGUGGUGGAGAAAACAUAUUCCCAAAGGAGAUCGAAGACUUUCUAGACACACAUGAGGAUAUCCUUGAGGCGCAGGUAAUUGGUGUACCCGAUAAGCGUAUGGGCGAGGAGAUUUGCGCAUACAUACGCUUGCGCUCUGGUGCAAACACGCUCAUACACGAAGAUGUGAAGAAAUUUUGCCAUGGUAAAAUAGCCCACUUCAAAGUGCCGCGCUAUGUUCGAUGCGUUGAAGAAUUUCCAAAAACAACCUCUGGAAAAAUAAAAAAGUUCGAAUUACUAGAGUGGUUUCAAAAGGAAGCGGAGAGUUAGAGCAGAAGAUAUGCACAAAAGAUACUUACAUUCCAAAGUUAAUAAUUAAUAAAAAAAUUUUAUAAAAAUUAUAAUUUUGUAAAAUGUGUUUAAACACGUUA